UGAAUCUUGACUCUUCAAUAUUAGAAACAAAAAAGAUCAAAACGGUGUUAGCCUGUUUCCAAGUCGAUACGGAAUUUUUGGAACGCCUGGGAAAAUACAGUGACAUAAGAAAAACAGUUCGAAUAAUUGCCUAUAUCCUGCGAUUUCGCAAAAUAUCGAAAGGAAAAAAUGAAUUAAAGGGUACACCACUUUCUGCAGAUGAAUUGAACGAGGCUACCAUGUCUAUGGUGUGGUCUAUUCAACAGCAAAGUUUUUCAACAGAAAUUGCAGAAAUAAGUUCAAAAGACCCAAACCCAUCUUUAAAAGGCUUAGCAAAACUAUCUCCAUUUCUGGAUGUUACAUGCAAUAGAGAGCUACUUCGCGUUGGAGGUCGUAUUCGAAAUUCUGAUGAGAAUUACGACGUUAAAUUUCCUAUUAUUUUGCCGGGUGACAGUCAUUUUGUUAAGCAGUACAUUAGACAUCUUCACAUUCAAAACUAUCACGCCGGACCUCAAGCUCUUUUAAGUUUUAUAAGAGAUAGAUUUUGGGUUACCAACGCACGACCCUUAGUAAGAUCGAUAAUCUUCAAAUGUGUUCAUUGUAAUAAAUACAGACCAAAAUUAUUUGACCAAGUAAUGGGAAAUUUGCCUAAAGAUCGAGUUACACCUGGCAGACCAUUCGAAAUCUGUGGUGUUGAUUUCUGCGGACCCAUGCUUACCUCUUGGAAGAUUCGUGUUCGUUGCAGAUAAAGGAAUCCAGUUCGAGUUCAUUCCACCUCGAGCACCCCAUUUCGGUGGUAUCUGGGAGGCAGCGGUAAAGUCGGCAAAAACUCUACUCACGAGAACCUUUGGAGGCGCUCUUCUUACCUUUGAAGAGCUUAACACUGCACUUGUUGAAGUUGAAGCCAUACUAAAUUCAAGGCCGAUUACAGCGAUGUCGUCAGAUCCAUCAGAUUUCACCGCUCUGACACCUGGCCAUUUUUUGAUUGGCUGUCCAAUUAAUUCCUUUCCGGAACCGGAAAGAAACAUUAAUCAAAUUUCUUUUCUUCAUAGGUGGCAAAGAAUAACGGCUCUAAAACAGCACUUUUGGAAGAGGUGGUCAACUGACUACCUGAGAAGUUUACAAGAGAGGUCUAAGUGGUUCAAGGUGAAACCAAAUGUUGAAGAAGGAUCCCUAGUGCUAAUGCAAGACGAAAAUCUACCACCCUACAAGUGGGCCAUUGCCAGGGUUGAACGAGUUAUCCGGGGCAAUGACAAUUACGUCCGAGUUGUCGAUUUAAAGACUGCAGCUGGAAGAUUUCGACGUCCAAUCACAAAAAUCGCACCACUCCACUUGGAUUGAAAGCAUGGCUUGUCAAUGGGGCCGGAAUGUUGCAGCCUUAAAUUUAUAAAUUAUUAUAAAUUAAAUUGUAAAUUCUUACAUUAUUAUCAAUAAGAAAAAAAACAUAGAAUAUUUGAAUUUGCCGCCUAACUUAAAUAUGGAAUUUAGUACAAAACAUAUGUUUGCCUUUCUCUCAAUAAUUAAAUUCACCAUACUCUAAAAUUGUACCUUCUUAAUCAUUGAAAUUUAAUUUGUAAAGUCUCUUAAAAUUCGACCAUCGAUCGUACAAGUAAUCUACUCAUGCUUUGUUAGAGUUGCAAUUUAAGAAUAAUAAAUUAAAUUUAUAACGUGGUACUAAGUUUAGUUUUUUUUAAAUAUUAUUCUGGAACAAAUUCUAUACAGAA